AUGGAAAGCCUACGCAAGGAGUUUGAGGCUCUACUCUCCCAGCCGACCCUGCAACAGCGUGGCCACCAGCUUUGGGAGAAGCUGGCUUUUGAAGGAACAACAAAUCCACUGGCUGUGGUGUUGGGAUGCUUCAUUAUGCGAACAGCGCAAAUGGGAGUACAGGUUGAUGAGAAGGUCUUGCGCAGCUUCUGGCCAGAAGAGUUGCAGCAUGAAGUUCUGCUGAAGUUCCAGCAGGAAGAAGCUGAAGCAGAGACCACAUUCUUGGAGCUGUUGCCUCGUUGCGCAGAAUCCAUGAUUGCAGCCAUCACAUCAGACAAGGCUAAUAAGGUUGAUGAUGUUGGCGAUGACAUCAUGCCACUCCAUGUUCCGGAUUGGUUGACGCAAUGGAUAGAGGCGAAGAUCAGCAAACCUUCGAAGAAGGAUGCGCCCCGGACGCUCCAUGUCUCAGAUUGUUCAGAUCCGGCUGUUGCUAACUUGCUUUCUGGAUCCUACAGGAGCAGUGAGCCACACCAUGGCAAAACGGUUUACAUCAAGCCGGCAUUGGAAGGAUCCCCAGAGGUCAGCCUCUACUUUUGGUCUGAUUCGUCAAACUGUUCGGGGUGGUGGUUUGGCCUUGCUGUCGGUGGGGACGACGUCAUCGCGUUUCAUCCAGACACGACUCGGAACGAACCUCCGGAGUCAGGAUGGCAUGUCCCGUUCAAUGGGCAGGUGGACCCAAAUUUCCAGGUGUCCUUUCGCAGCAAGCCGUCCAGCAGCGAUUGGAUAGGUGUCGACAUGUCUAAGGACGCCACGUGA